UUGCUGAAGAUAUUUUUUUCUGUGGAUUUUGGUGAUCAUCAAACCAGAAUCUAUUACAGUUUUUUAUUACAUUAGCUCCUUUACAGAGAAGGCAGUUGGCGUGGGCACCCACACCGCAGCAAUUCCCGCCCUUUCCUCACACGCGGACCCACCAAGUGCCGCCCGCUACUCAACUCUCCGCGCCCCACAUUCCGAUUCACCAACCAUGCCGCGGACGCCACUGCCUUUCAACAACCACCGCCGAACGCGCUGGUUACGCUAUUGACGCAAAGCUGGAAACAGUAGCGGAAAGGAACACGGGGGCCGCGCAGUUUGUAUUCACAGAGCUGGGUUUACACAGAGGGCGGUUGCUGUGGUAACCAGAACGCGGGCGCGCAGGCGCCGUAGAGCGGCAACCGGGGCUCAGGCUGAGAGCGGCGUCUGUGAUUAUACGUCAUUUGGUUUGCUCUUAACAAACAGAUGCUGUUGUUAAUAUUCAGUAGAAACUCAAACCAGAAAAGGCAGCUCAUCUGAUGAACCAUCCCAGCCUCUUCUUUCACAGCUUCCUAAAACCUCACGUGUGCCAGAAUCGUGCUUUGAGGGGACAGAGGACCCUUCAGUUUAAUGCUAAUUAAUAGCGGUGGCUUCGGUACAUCAGUUGUUUGUCACCAAGUAGAGUCAUUUUUCAGUAUUUUUUUUAAGUAUAAAAAGAAUCCUUCCCAGACAAAUCAGGGAUGGCAAGCACUCUUAUCUCAGCCAAGCUACCCCCUGAUAUAGAUCCAACAAAAGCUCCUAUCGCGUUUGGGAGCAGAGCUCUGCCUAAACUGAAUAGAGAGAUACAAUCUCCUGAGGUGCUGACUCAGCAACGGGCAUUGAUGGCACUCUGUGAUCUGGUCCAUGACCCAGAAAAUAUCUACCAGGCAGUCCAGAUAGGUUUCUUGGAGAACUUGAAGACCUUGCUGCUGCAUCAUGACAGUACUGUCCGACAGAAGACAACAGAAAUUCUCUAUAUAGUGGUGAUGCAUAAUGUCGGCAGGCAAGGGUUGAUACAAAAUGCAGUAAUUCCUGCCCUCACUGAGCUCUUGGAUGACCCAGAAGACAUCUGUCGGAAAAACACACAUCAAGUGUUUGACAUGAUGGCCAAGUUACCUGAAGAACAGGGAAAGGAUAGCAAGAGAAGAGUGAAAGACAUGCUGAGAACAGUGGAUGGAUACAUCUUACUACAUCAUGAAGAAAACAGCAGAACUGUGUAUAGCGCAGGAAGAAAAAGGCUGGUAGAAAAGGAUUGACUCAGAAGUUGUAAAGGAAAAAAAGCCACUGCUGAGCAUGAAUAAGGGCCAACAGUCAGUAAGGUGGACCUUAUGGUGAGGGACAGAACAAGGUUUUAGAAGCAAAGAAAGCAAAAUAUGGGAAACGAUUUCAAUAGAAGUGAUCAACACUGAAUUCGUGGAAAGAAUGAGUGAAAGCAUGGAAUGAAUGGGCUGAAAACACGACAGUUCAAGCUGGAAACUAAGUAACAGAGAAUGAGAAAUGUUUCACAGUGAAGAAAAAAAGACAAAAACAGACAUACGUUGAAUGAGUACACUUGAGCAGCAACUUGUCAACAUGAGCUGAAGUCAAAAAAGGAAUGUAGGAGUUGCAUACUGCAGUUCAGAGAUAGUCAUUCAAAAAGCAUAAGAAAAGAACAACACGGUGCAAGAAGGCAUCAAGGAGCUGAUCAAAAUGGAAAAAGGUAGAAAAGGAAAGCAGGAUUGUGAAAGAAUAAAACCAGUAAAUCUCAUGAUGAUCUAAUUCAGGGAAAAAUAUAAAGAACACCUGACAAACACACUGAAGUACCAUCCUCACAGCAAGUCAUAAAAGUGGAUAAAAAACCGUGUUCCUCGCACAAGAGAAAGGACACAACGGUGUGAAUAUCAGCACAGAAUCAGCGCUAUUAUCAGGGAUGAAUUUGGUGGGUAGUAUAGAGAGCAGUUUCCAGUCCUGUGCCACGUAAAAAGUUAAUCAUAUGAACUUUAUCAAAAGGGAACUGUGAAAUUCUUAGGAUCCAUCUUCACAAUUCAAAUUAAACAUGAUAUUAUCUUCAGAGGGGGAGAUGAAGAGUGGAAGAAGUAUUAGACCACAACCCAGGACAACAACAAACACACACACGAGGCUAAACAGAAUCCAGUGUUCUAUAAAACGUGACUCAUGGGAGAAGACUUGCAUGCUACCAGGCACAGAUUACAGCUGCAGCCCACGCAUGGUCUCAUUCUGCUUCUCUUUUGAAAUUUAGAAGCUUUGACAGCCUUACAAUUCUGCUGCAUGCAAGAGCUUCAGCAGGUACACCUCAGACAGCUGAGCCCUUACCACAGUUACUCUCUCUCUAAUCCAAAGGAGACUUUAAAAAAAUAAAAAAAUCACACAAGGCGAAGGAAGUUGUCCAUGUUC